AUGGCGACUCGCAAUAACAUGACGGGUGGGUUGGGAUCUGGUUCCGUUCCUCCGCCCCCUCCGCCUCCUCCUCCGCCCCCUCCGCCGCCUCCGCCGCCUCCGCCGCCUCCUUCUCCCCUACCUGCCCCUAGCAACGACACCGAUCUCAGCUUUAUGCAGGCCCCGGACAAUGCUGAAGUAAAAGAUAUGGGCUUUCAAAAUGGGGUCAAAAAAUAA